CGGGCUUCCAUUGUCGUUGCACGUUGAAUUUGGAAGGCCCUGGUGUGGAUAUUAAGGGAGAGAGCAGAUGAUUGGAUUUAGGGAUUGAUCCGCGUAUCGGCAUCGGAGCAUGCGCUUAGAACAACAGAGGGGCUAACAAAACCAACCAGCCAUGGUCGGCGUUCUAGCACGGGCCAACUAUGUGUGGCUGAACAUCCAAACUGGAAUCCAGUGGCCGCAGGGCACCACUGGACAACAGGGAUGGCUUUCCCAGUGGAUUUACUUGCUGAGCUGGAGCAUGAAGACCUUGAGUAUUCUGCAGAGGAAUACAUGACUAGCUUGCUGUAUGGAGACCCUGACAAGCUGGAAUAUUUCACACUACCCAACAGAAAAAAGAUUCCUAUUAGUCUGUCCUCUGUUGCUUUUGUUCCACUCUAUGGCGGUGAGACAAUACAUAAGAUUCUAGCCCUGUUUGCUCCAGAAAGUCAGUUCACAGCUGUGGCGCUGUACCUACUGGAUAGAUGGUGGGCAAUUGAUGAUAUCAUCAAAACCACUGAGUCCUCCCGUCAGGGUCUCCAGCAGGUUACUUCACUCGGGGAGAGAAUUGUUCUGUACAUUUUGAAUCGCAUCAUCUACAGAGCCCAGGAAAUGAAUACCGAUGAGCUCCCUUUCCUUUGUCAUGGUGCCAAUGAGUACGCAAAAAUUCUCUGGAAGUCUGGGAAAGCAAUUGGCUUCUACUCUAUCAAGCCCACAGGAAGCAAAUGUCAUACCUUCCUAACUCAGUGCUACCAACUGCCGAUCCUGGACACCAUUUUUGUGAGGAAGAAGCAUCGUGGUAAGGGGUACGGUCUGCAGAUGCUGGAAGAUUUUGUUGACUGUUUCACAGAAGAUGCACUGGGUUUGAGAUAUCCACUCUCUCCAUCUAUGUACAGAGUCUGCCGGAAGUAUUUGAACAAUUACCCUGAUGAUCACAACCUUCUCUGGGAGGUUGAGGGUGUUGGACACCCAUUCCAGCGAGCUCGAAUUGCAGACCGACUACUGGCACAGUUAUCCCCUGUAAAAGGUAUGGAUACCUCCCAGGAUGAGGAAUGUGAAAUCGCAGGAGAGUCUUCAUCUCUAGUCCAACUGGAGUCUGAAAAUCGAAAGAAGCCGCUUGGCCAAGUGAAGAAACAGCCGUCUACUGAGUUGCUUGCUAACCAAGAAUUGCCAAGUGUUUCUUCAAUUCUUCCUGAAGAGCCAACAAGUACACCUAUUGCUAAGCGGGGAAGAGGCAGCCAAUCCAAGCAACCCAAAGCAGAGAAGAAGCACAGUGCUCUGGAACAAAAGUGUUCGACUCAUGAAGAGGUGAUUAUGCCUAAAGAUCAGCUAAACAGUUUUGAAGCCAUGUCAGAUCGAAACGAAGAGGUUCUGCAAACAACUGGAAACCAGGAAAUGUGUACAAUUUCACAGGACAGUACAGAAAUAACUGCAAGUGAUGUAGUGUUAUGUCAUAUUGAAGUUCUGGAACCGGAUGGUGAUGAGGAUAAGGAAUCAUCACCUGAAACACCUCCUGAAUUAGUAAACGAUGACUCUGUUAAUCAAGAUUCAUUAAAGCCAGAAGAGGUGACUCCUUCAAAGUCUUCAAAUUCUGAGGACACUCAUUUAGAGUCAGCAGAGACUGAAGAGGAGACUUCUCCAAAGUCAGCAGAUUCUAAUGAGAGUUUGCCUCAGCAGACAACAGACACUGAGCAAGAAAUGUCUUUGCAGUCACCAAAUUCUGAGGAAGUUGUUCCAAAUGAAUCUUCCGAGACACAGGAAAAAAUUGUUCAGGAGACUUCGAAGACUGAAGAUGAGAUUACUCUGGAUUCCAUAGAGUCAGAGAAGGAAAUCGCUCAAGAUCCAAUCAAGGAUAAAGAGGGGUUCAUUGAGGAAUCAACCAAUCUAGGCAAUGAAACCACAGCGAAUGAAUCUGCUAAUGGUGCACCAGACGAUUUGUCAGAAAAUGAGCCUGAAGAACCCCAAAGUGCAGCAGAAUUGAAAGAAUGCUGUGAAGAUAACAGGCUGGAAAAGGAUGAAGAUGUCCCCAUGCAGAAUGACAGUGAAGCAUCUGAACCAGUGCAGGAUCCAGCAGCAAACUGCAGCCCUUCCAACCACAAUGAUACUGACCCAAAUAAUGUUACAUUAUCGAAAAGCAUGGAACAGCCUGAUGCCCAGGCUAGUGAGAAACCACCAGAUAAUGGUCAUGAAUCUGUUCAUGAGGAAGUGUCCCAACAUAGUGGUACAGAGGGUGAACCCACUUCCGGGCUUACAAAGACUACGUCGGCACAGCAGGAAGGUGAACCAGAGGAGUCCAGUGCCCCAGUGGAUCUCACUCUUGGUCCAUUACUUGUGAUUGAACUUGAGGAUGUUUCGCUGAAGCAGGCUACGCCUGCCCAUCCACUAACAGAUGAAACAAAAGAAACUGAUCUGAAAGAUCAGUCAUCACCAGCUGUCGCUGAAAAGGGUGUUGACAGUAGCUCAGAAGAAAUGGAAAUGGAAGUACCAGUUAUGGAUAGGAGAAAUCUGAGGAGAAAAGUCAAGGGAAACAAAGGGCCUCCCAAGAAACGAAGCAAGGUCCGCCACUUUCGUCCAUCCACCAGAACAUGAUGAAAGGAAUACAUUUAUCAUCAUUGACAAUCUUUAACACAUUUUCUUUUACUAAGGUGAGAAGGUAGUUGCUGGAAAAAGCCAUACUAAAGUCUCUACUAAUGAUGAAAUAACAUACAUAGCACCUUCUGAAAUGUUGUAAAACAUUGCAAGGUGCUUUGCAGGAGCAUUAACAAAACUUGACACUAAGCACAUAAGGAGAUUAGGGUAGAUAAGGACAGAAGGUUGAGGGAGCUCAAGAGAAUGCUUAUGGGUAGUAGAAUCUAAGAAGCAUUUUAAAAUUUGAGGUGCUUUGAAAUUUAGCUAAAAAUGCAGGCAAAAUUUAUAAAUGAAUGAUGGGGGAAAGUGGUUUCCACCAGAAACUAGUCAAAGUGAUCCAGAAUAAAUCUUCUUUGGCAAGAUUAUUGUUUGCAUACAUUUGAAGCAGGCUAAAAACUUCCCAUGCAGUAAUACUAAGUUUUCUAAAAUUGACUGUAAUGUGUCAAGCUAACGACUGGAUUUUGGCUUCGAAUGAGUUACACAGGUAGUAAAUAGUUAUGACAAACAAUUUUGUGAUUGUUAUUCUGUACAGGUUACUACUCAGAAUUUCUAGUAGUUCUGCAUGAGAUUGAAUAGGAAAUUUUUUUAAAAGGAAUUUGGAGAACUAGGGCAGCUUGCUGUAGUUUCAAAUUAUAUCUAGAGCAACAACUUAAAAAAAAUCAACACUACCAUUUGCAGGUAUCCUUCAUUUUUCAUGUCUAAACUUAUUUUAUCAGCUUUUAUUUUUCUCUGUUACCUGUUUUUACAGUAGGCAUUCCACAAAUAAGAAUCUCUCCUGACCUGUGUCUCAAUGCUCCUUUUACAAUUAGAUACCAGCAGAGUAAGUGGCUUAGGUGGCAGGAGCAUUCUAGUUGUAGAUAACCUGUUAGAAUGUGAUUUUUUUUUGUGUGUGUGGUUGUUCCAUAUUAUUUCUCCCCUUUAAACCUCCAAAUGCUUGUGAAAUUGACUGCAAAAUACUAAACACAAAGUUCCCAAUGUGGGUCUUCCCUGCAAGAAUGGAAAAAUGUUCAUAAAGGCACAAUUUUAACCCACUAAAGCUAAAAUGAGCACCACUAUCCUAGUCUUCAUAGCACAGCUUAUCUCAAAUUUAGAAUUCUAAAACCAUCAGAAUUAGUAUGAAUUUAUUCCCUCACUAAACUGAGUGCUUUUACACCCAUUCUGCUCACUGGGAAACAUCACACAUAUAAGUUUGUAUGAAAUUGUGAUCCAAAAUUUACAUUAUUCUUCUACAAAGAAUGAUCUGCAUAGACCUACAUAACUUUGUGUGAUAAAUUGCAAUAUGCAUGGGAUUAUGUAACAAAAUCUGAAAUUGUCUAUAGGAAGAGUAUUUAUAAUCAAACAUUUAUCCUUGUGCUCAUAAUGAACUUUCUAGCCAAGCAGAUUCUCAUUGUCAUUCACACUAACUACACAACUUGAUUUUUCAAACAAAUAAUUCCCAAUAGUACUAAUUUACUAUCCACAUGUUAGAAUUAAUAAAAUCUACAAGCUUGCUUUCCAGCUAUGUUUAUGAUAAAAUUAAAUGUUCAAAUUAAUAAAGAUUUGUAUGGUGAAUUGUCUUCAAUCUAAUUGUUUAUUAAUUAACAAUUGUUACAUAAUAUCAGGAAGGCACAGUGACAUAGCAGUUAGCAUAAUGCAUUACAGUGCCAGUGAUCUGGAUUCAAUUCCAGCUCCUGCCUGUAAGGAAUUUGCACAUUCCAAAAAGAUAUAUGGAUUCGGUUUAGUAAGUUUUGGGUCUGCUAUGCUGGUGCCUAAAGAAUGGUAACUCUUGUGGAUGGCCCCCAACACAUCCUCAUACUGUGUUGGUUAUCAAUGCAAACAAUGCACUUCACUAUGUUUCAGUGUACAUGUAACUAAUAAAGCUACUUUAAUCUUUAAUCGGCACUGUAUAGACAGCAUGUGAAAUAGUAGUUUGACGUAAGCAGCCAAAUACCUGCUUUGGUUCAGUUACCUCAAAGCAGAAGAAUGAGGGUACUGUAGAGACUAGUGCAAUAUUAAGUGUACCUUGUCAUAUAGAUAAUACUUGGGGAAGAAUUACAUUUACUAGAAGUGACAUUUAAAUUAUUUUGACUGUCAAAUAUUUGGAGCAAGUUUGUGAAAGGCACUAUCUAAAUGCAACAGUUCUUUUCAAAGUACCAUACUGCCAACCACAGACUUGUGGUACUCCAGUAACCACUUUCAUAUGCAGUGGAUUGUGGAUAAUCGAGGCAGCCACUUAUUUACAACUCUUUUUAAAAAAAAUUGAGAAAAUAGUCAGGAUUUCCUUUGUUUCUAACUAAUGUCAAUUGCACGCACUUGUAGGUACUAUACACUGCAUGGAGUGUUUAAAUAGCAUCAGUUGUGUGUAUCUGUAUUCAAAAAGCAGCUACUUUUGGCAAUGAAGGUAGCCCAUUAUCUGCACGAGGUGUCUGCAUGCACUUUAUUCAUUUAGUCAAAAUAACAUGGCACCAUACACUAUGGAUUCCUUUGUUGAUAACUAAUAGCUUUAUAGUACUGUGGUAAUAUUGGUAGUGCUCAAAUCUGUUCAUUUAAAUAUAUAAUUUGUUAUUUAAACAGUAGUUUACCUUUUUAAACGCAAACAACAGGAAUUCUGCAGAUGCUGGAAAUUCAAGCAACACACAUCAAAGUUGCUGGUGAACGCAGCAGAAUUUCCACAUCCCAUUCCCAUUCUGACAUGUCUAUCCACGGCCUCCUCUACUGUAAAGAUGAAGCCACACUCAGGUUGGAGGAACAACACCUUGUAUUCCGUAUGGGUAGCCUCCAACCUGAUGGCAUGAACAUUGACUUCUCUAACUUCCGCUAGGCCCCACCUCCCCCUCGUACCCCAUCUGUUACUCUUUUUUAUGCACACAUUCUUUCUCUCACUCUCCUUUUUCUCCCUCUGUCCCUCUGAAUAUACCUCUUGCCCAUCCUCUGGGUCACCCCCCCCCCCGUCUUU